AUGACCUCCACGCCGCGCGAGAUUGGAACGCUCAUCGUCGUCAUUCUCAAGGCGAAUCAUCUACCGAAUAAGCGGCACAUAGGGAAGCAGGACCCCUACUGCGUAGUCACCGUCAAUGGCGAGAAGCGCCGCACCAAGGCGAUCAAGCGCGGCGGGCAGCACCCCGAGUGGGACGAGGAGAUCCGCUUCACGCUCUAUGAGGACACCGAUGACAUCCUGCAACGCACUGCGCAGGACGAUGGCACGCCACCGCCUCCCCCACCCAAGGAUAAUCGCAAGGGCCCCAAAAAGAUAAAGGGCGGGAAGAGUAUGCACAUGGCCUGCUUUGCGGACGAUCCCCGCGAGCCUGACCUCAUCGGCGAGACCAACGUAGACUUGACGGAGGUGCUUACCAAGGGAGAGACGGAUGAUUGGUUUGAUCUAUCAUACAAGGAUAGAUUCGCAGGGAAGGUAUAUCUGGAACUGACCUUCUGGUCGAACGAACCUCCGCCAGAGAAGAAAGCCGCACCGAAGGUUCCAAAGACGAACAAGGAGUAUGGAGGGCGUGGCUCGUUCAUUCCAUUGCCUGAAGGCGCCCCGUCCAUUGCGGGUCGUCCCAGUCAAGGACUUCGCACAACAAGUCUGUAUGCAAACCCUCGAACAGCCUCAGAUGGAUCAUCCACCAUCCGAGGGUCGACAUCAUUGGCGAAUCUCGACUUGUACGUCGCGCCGUACGAACAACCAGGUCCAUCCGGUGUAGAUGCCCUUGCGGAUGACUUUGGUCGUAUAACCAUACCAGACCACCAGCGUCGCGAAAGCUUCCCUAAUAGCGAUGGCUCGUAUAUACCACCGCGUUCGUCGACGAGAAUGGUCUCCAUGUCCGCCAUACCAUCCCAUCACACUGAAGGUAGCAUAUACCCUCACGGCAGGCCUCUCACGCCCCCAGGGCAGGCCAGCUCGUUCCAACCUCAAUACGCACCGCCACCUACCAAUGGUUAUGUUCGCACGACUGGGCGUGGUCCGCGUUAUAGCGUUCCGACGUCGUCCUCUGGCUUCAUGCCAUUGCCAAGCUCGUCAAGCUUCUCAGCCGGAACGGAUUCGUCCAUGUCGAUACCGCCAUCGACUACGCCGAUACCAUUCCCCUCAUACGUUUCGGGCUAUGCACCCUCGCCAACUACGGCGCCAGGUUCUGCUGGUCCCACUCCCAGUCCUGCGCCAUACGGAUCCCAGUUCGCGACGUCACCCUCAUACCCUUACCAGCAAUAUCCGCCACCUCAGCCGCCGGUGUCGGCUCCGCCGCUUCCCCAGCAGUACUCUGGCGGGGCUCAGCCUCCGUUGCCACCUCCAUCGGUCCCACCGGUAGCUGCAUCUGCCCCGCCGCAGGGGUACAACGCAUACCCACCCCAACCACCGGAUGGAAGUGCGUUCGCCUCGAAUCAGGGUGGUUCUCGACCACUCCCCGUCAAUCCUCAAGGGUCGCAAAUUGCCGGUCCACAGCCACCAUACCCUAUGCAGCCGUCAGCCGCACCGAUAGCCCCAGUCACCCCUAUGCCGACCUCAGGCUCAUAUGUGGCGUCGCAACCCAUGCCGCAGCCGCCAGCCCUCCCGACAUCUGGCUCCUAUGUCGCGCCUCAAAACAUGGGGUACCCUUACCAGAAUGUGCCGCCACCGCCCCCGUUGUCGACAAUCAACGGGUUGCCGCAGCCUCCCGCUCAUCCGGACCCUGCACGACGCCGUACCAGCCUGCCCGUUCCGCCUGGCUACGCAGGCGCGUCGGGCUUCCAGCCUAUGCCACCGCCGCCACCAACGCCCGGCGAAUACCUCCCUAGCCCGCACGAGCAACCCAUGCAGCCGUCGCCGCCACCACCUCCGUCACAUAUACCGGCCUCUGGCUCUGGGUUCCCGGGUCCACCCCCUCCAUUGCCUCCAUCGUUGAUGCAGCAUGCCCAGUGGGCGCAGUAA